AUGCGAACUCUGAAGUGGGAUCCUACGUUUGACCCGGAAAAGGAAGCUGCGGUGGGGAAACCAUUACAGGUAGAUCUGGCUACGAAGAAUCAAACUAGUCCUAGUUGUGCAAGGGUUAAAGUGGAGGUGGAUCUUUUAGGUGAAUUUCCUAAGAGAAUUAAUGUGGGCGUACGAAAACAAUCUGGGGAAGUGGUGGAAAAAUGGAUCCGUAUUAAAUAUGAUUAUGUUUCGAAGUAUUGUAAAAAUUGCAGUAUUCAGGGACAUAAUGAACAAGAAUUCUAUAUAAUACAUCCAGAGUUAUACCCAAAGAAGGAAGGGAAUGAGGUUGAAGAAUGCUCUGGAGGUAAGGGGGAUACAUACAAGAAACAGCUGGCAGAGCAUCCUGUGGAGAGAAGGGAAACAGUACAAAACAUUGAUGAGGUUGUAUUCCAGGAACAGAAAAAGAAAAAGGGUGGCUGGGAAAGGAAGACGGGACAAAAUAAAUUCCAAGUGUGGUAUCCAAAACACAGUCAAAAGGAGAGGGCGGACGAGAACACGUGGAAUAUGUUUGACGCUUUGGGCAGGAUAGAUAAUGAGGAGGAUGUUGAUCCUCUACAAAGGGAGGGUAAUAAGGAAACCAAUAUGGGAAAUGAGGUUGGUUCAACAAAAAAAUGGGUGGUGGAAGUUUUCAACGAAAAAGAGAGGACUGAAGAAAGUGAUAGUAUUAAAAGAAAACAAGGAGGACAGACGGGGUCUAGAAAAGGAAAUACAAUAAAUGAUAUUGAGGCCUUAGACACUUCUCUGACAGUAGACAAGGCAUACAAUGCUGAAGUGGGGAGAGAGAACACGAGCAGUAAAGUGGGGAAUAUAGGGGAAGGUGUACCAGAAGGUUUGGAAAAUGAAGGAAGUUCAAGUUUCUUUGAGAAUGGGAUAAAUGAUUUACAAGAACAUAAUAAUGAAGAAAUACAGCAUAGACGUGAUACAGAAGAGGAUGGGGAAGUGAAUGGGAAUAUUGAUACAAUAGCAAGGGAGGGAGAUCUUUCACCAAGACAAAUAACCAAGAUAUGGAUAUUCUGGGAUGAGGAUUGGACAUGGGAGGUGGUAAGAGAUAACGUUCAACAUCUAUCAGUGAGGUUUGAAGCUGGAAGUGUUAAGUUCAUGGUUACAGCAGUUUAUGCAAGGUGCGAUGCUUUGGAGAGGUUAGAACUGUGGGAGGAGCUGGAGGGUCUGGCCAAACAAAAUCAGUAUCCAUGGCUUGUUGGAGGGGAUUUUAAUGUUAGAGCUUCGGGGAGUAAAUUCACCUGGUGGAAUGGCAGAGUAGAAAGAAAUUGCAUUUUCAAAAGGUUGGAUAGGGUGUUAUGCAAUCAGGAAUUUGAACAAUUUUUUCCUAGUAGCAAAGUACAACACUUGAUAAGGCAAGGAUCUGAUCAUGCACCUCUACAUUUGACGUGUAAGUCGGAGGAGGAAUCCAUAAUUCGGUCGUUUAAGUUUCUUAAUUUUUGGACGAAACAUCCAAAAUUCAAAACAAUAGUGGAGGAGAAUUGGAAGGUGGAUUUUAAAGGUUCACCAUUCUUGGAAUUUCAAGCAAAGGUUAAAAAGGUCAAACAAGCUUUGACAUGUUGGAGUAAAGAGACUUUUGGGGACAUUUUCCAGCAAGUUCAGAGGUUAGAGGAAGAAAUUAGAAUGAAAGAGAUGCAGCUGGAGAUUAACCCGUCACCUCGAAAUAGAGAGGAAUUAAACAAAACAGAAGCAGAAUUGAAAAAGCAUAGGCUCAUGGAGGAGGAGUUUUGGAAACAGAAGUCGGGAAUGAGAUGGUUCAAAGAUGGAGAUAGAAAUACAAAGUUUUUUCACAAUUAUGUGAAAGGGAGGAGACGAAAAUUGUUCAUUUCUGAAAUCCCUACUACUCAAGGGGAUACAGUGACUGGGAAUGAGAAUAUUGGGAUGGAGGAACAAAAUGAGGCAAUGGGAAGAAUGCCAAAUAUGGAGGAAGUGAGGGAGGCUGUCUUUGCACUUAAUGGUGAUAGCACAAGCGGUCCAGAUGGAUUUUUGGGGGAAUUUUUCCAGAGCAGUUGGCAAAUUGUGGGGGAAGAUACAACAAGGAUGUCCAGUUUUGUGAAAGGGAGGAGUAUAACAGAGAAUGUUUUGUUAGCCCAGGAGAUAAUACGGGACAUUAACAUAAGAAAGAAAUUUCAGAAUGUGGUGGUGAAACUUGACAUGGCCAAAGCAUAUGAUAGAGUGUCAUGGUUUUUUUUAACCAAAGUACUAAGGAGAUUUGGUUUCUCGGAAUUGAUCAUUGAUAUGGUAUGGAGACUGAUAUCUAACAACUGGUACUCAAUUUUGGUGAAUGGGCAGUCAUAUGGGUUCUUUAAGUUAACGAGGGAAUUAAAGCAAACGGAUCCUUUAUCCCCUACUUUGUUUAUCAUUGCAACAGAGGUUUUGACGAGGGGUUUUAAUAAGCUUCAUGAAGAUAAGGAAUUUAAAGGAUAUGGCAUGCCUAAAUGGAGCCCUCCUAUAAACCAUUUAUCUUAUGCGGAUGACACCAUAUUAUUUUGUUCAGGGGAGAAGGAAUCUAUUAAGAUGAUGAUGGGAAUACUAAGGGAAUAUGAGAAGAUUUUUGGCCAGCUGAUAAAUCUCAAUAAGAGUUCAUUUUAUCUACAUGAUAAUACACCCGUGAUAGUAGCAGUGAGAUUAAGGAAAAUUACUGGGAUUAGACAAGGAAACUUCCCUUUCACAUAUUUGGGGUGCCCGGUGUUUUAUGGCAGAAAAAAUAAUGUAUAUUAUGAAGACUUGUUGAGGAAAAUACAAAAGAGGCUUUUAUCCUGGCAGAAUAAAUGGUUGUCAUAUGGGGGGCAAGUAAUUCUUAUUACUACUAUAUUACAGUCAAUGCCAAUAUACCUUCUUUCAGCCAUGAAUCUGACAAAACGAGUCAUUCAUCAAUUACAUCAGCUGUUCGCAAGUUUUUUCUGGAGUAAGGCAGGAGGAAACAAAGGAAAACAUUGGGUAGCCUGGGAAAGAUUAUGUUAUCCCAAAACAGAAGGGGGAAUAGGAGUGAGGUCGUUACAUGAUGUAUCGAAGGCUCUAUAUAGUAAGUUAUGGUGGAAUUUCAGAACCUCUACUUCUUUAUGGAGCAAUUAUAUGUGGGCGAAAUAUUGUAAGAAACAACAUCCAGUAUUGGUCAUGAAUAGAGGGGCCUCUCAUGCUUGGAAAAGAAUGGUGGAGUUAAGAGAAGAAGUUGAACACAACAUUUGGUGGCAACUCAAAUCAGGCGAGAUGAGUUUUUGGUUCGAUAACUGGACAAAGCAAGGAGCGUUAUAUUUUUUAGAGGACCAUACAGUAGGGGAGGAAGAGAUAGAGGUGAAAAAGUUCAUCACAAAUGAAGGGUGGAAUAUUCAAAAAUUAGGCCAAGUAUUAUCAGAAGAACUGGUGGAGUAUAUCACUAAAUUCAUUAAUCCACAUUUAUUGGAGGAAGAGGAUAAGCCUUGGUGGAUGGGAAUUACAAGUGGGGAAUUCACAGUCAAAUCAGUCUUUGAUCUGCUGAGAAGUAGAAAGGAAAAUGAGGAAUGGAGGGGUAAUAUGUGGUGCAAACAAAUCCCUUUUAAGAUGAGUUUUCUAUUAUGGAGGAUUUGGAGGGGAAGAAUUGCACGGAGGAAAAUCUAA